AUGUCAAAUAUAAAUUUAGAAAACCAACUACGAGAUUUUCAAUCGCAAAGGUUUCCAACGGACGAACAAACAAUUAUAAAUAAUGCUUCAGUGCUAUAUAAGCGCAAGAAGUACUUUCUUCAAGAUCUACGUUCGUCGGUGAAGUUCGUGGGGUUCAUAUUACUAGGAAUUGUUUAUUUGCGGGAUUUGUCGAUGUUGCGAUUGGGGAUCAGGGCAUUCACACAGUAUUCGAUUUCAAACCCAUAUCCCACUCCAAGUAUGAGGGUAUCAAUAUCAGAAGAAAGCAAAAAGGCAUUAACCAAGUUCCUACUUAUUGGAAUAUUUUCAGGGAAUUCAUUUUGCUUCCUCAUGCAUUUGCUAUUCGGGAGCUACCAAGGUUCAGACGCAUCAAACGGUUUCUUGCAUGGUGGAAUGACGAUUCAGUUUAUUGGAGAAAGGGUGCCAUACUCUACUUUAGAGCUAAUUUUGCUUGAUAUUGGGAUACUCUUUGUCCAAGUGGUCUACCACAGUUUGAUGUGCAUGACGGACGAUUCCAAAGUGCUCGAGAUAAAACAUCCACAUACAAAUGCAGAGAAUAGUAUUGACAGUAUCGACGACAACGAGUUAGAAGGCGAUGGAUAUAACGGAAACGUGCAACUUCUAACCAUUGACGUUCUAGGGAACAUCCGUAAAGUCAUGAUGUUCAAAGAGCGAUUUCAAAUACAGGCCUCCACGUUUUCAGAACAGGCACCUGAGCAAGCUCCGGAGCCGAUUCCACAACAGCCUAUGCCUGGAUCAUUCGUGUAA